AAAUGCUCAGCUUACACCAUUUGGAACUUCAAGCUCAUACUACCGGUACUUCAAAAUCUUAUAAUCACAGGAACUAUUCGCAACCAUGCUGACAGUAUUUCCAAGAUGGGCUCUGUGCUAUGAUUGAAAAUUGGAGGCUGAGACGGGCUGAGACUCCAACAAUUAUAGUUCCCUUAUAGAGGGGAAAAGCCUUUAGCUUCUUUGCUGUCAGCUUUGUGUUAGGUUCUGCUGCCUCCGGCGCCUAACACCUCGCCAACCGCUGAAUAAGAAUGGGUUGCGGCGCAAGCGCACAAAGAGAAAACGACGUACCAAUUACACGGGUUGUUCCGUUGCCGCAAGCAGUUUCCGAGGCCAACACUUUGACGCUGACAGGCGGCUCCCAGGAAUUAGGCAACGGCGGGAUCUCACAAUACAGCAAGGCGUCCUUAGACAAGGUCAACUCGCUUACAGACCGCGCGUCGCCAGAACAAGUGCUGCAGGCUCUCUUGGACGGCAAUGCACGGUUCAUAAGCGGAGCAAGCGUCCAUCCGCACCAGGACUUUUCUCGAGUGAAGCAAAUUUCUGUUAAGCAAAAGCCGCUCGCGGCAAUCCUUGGAUGCGCAGACUCCCGUGUACCAGCUGAAAUCGUUUUCGAUCAGGGUUUCGGCGACGUCUUCGUCUGCCGCGUUGCUGGAAACAUAGCAACGCCGGAGCAGGUAGCAAGCCUCGAGUAUGCCGUCCUGCACGUCGGGGUGAAAGUGGUUAUGAUCCUUGGACACACGAAGUGCGGAGCCGUCCACGCGGCGUUAUCGGGCAAGGCCUUCCCCGGCUUCAUCGACACCCUGGUGGGCAACUUGGACGUGGCCAUCGCGCGCGUCGACAGCGUAUCAGCCAAGGCGCAUCAGCGUCUGCUGGACAGCGAGGAGGAGCGGCAAGAAAAGGUGGUCCGGGAGAACGUCAAGUACCAGAUCCAGCGCUGCCAGCGCUCCACCAUCAUCCAGGAGGGGCUGCAGCGGGGCAAGGUGCUGCUGGCGGGAGCCGUGUACGAUCUGGACACCGGUCGGGUGCAUGUGAUCGUGACGAAGGGCGGCACGAGGUGAUGCGGGUUUCCAGGGUUCCAUUCAUCAGCCGGGCAGAGGGGUUCGGUUUGGGUUAUACAGGGUGUGUAGGGGUUGGGUUUAGAUGAUUGGCGCAGUCAG